CUAGUUCAGUUGAAUUGUGAAAUUCAACUUGAGUGGAAGUGGUAAUUCCUUAUUUUAUCUGCAGACCCAAAACGUUUGAAUCAUCUUUUUUUUUCGGACCUCUAUAAUCCUAUAGGAAAAUGUAUUUGAAUGGUGUACUUGCCCUCGAAAACCUGCAAUUGCCUUCUGCGAAGUCGCCAACGGAGUACUGCCGGCUUUGCCUGGCCAGGGACAAUCUGGUGCUAAUGUCGUCGUUUGGGGAAUGCAUUCAUCCGUCGGACGACGAAACUAGUGCUACGCAAGCUGUUCAGCUGAUAGAACUCAUUUUCGAAUGUACCGAUGUCCGGCUCUCCCCUGAACACGAACCCGCCUGUGCCGUCUGUCAGCACUGCAAGCGAUCUCUGGUGGAGUUCUAUCGCUUCCGGGCUCGCGCCAAACGUGUCGAUGAACUUAUCAAAUCUAGACAAUUAGAAGAAACAAACCAAGCGACAAUCGAAACUGAUAAGACUGACCUAGAACAACAACAACAACAACAACCAGAAACCAACCAAUUAGCUCUAUUGAUAGAACCAUCAUCAUUGGUCGAAUCGAAGCCGCCGAUCAAUAAUGGUGCUGGUGUUGGUGGCGACGGUGUUGAUGAAAUUAGCACAAUCAAUCAUAAGAUACCACCGAGUGCCGAGAGCCGGAAGCGACAAUCCGGUGUCUUCCUAGCGGUUGGCGUGAAACGACCCCGACCGAAACUGCCUACCCCGGUGAUUAUUGCUUCGAUUAGCGUUGCCGGCGGCGGAAAGUAUCGCUGCCGCUACUGUCCCAAGUCUUUCAAAACGGCCCUGGGCCUAACGGAACACUCGCGCAAUCACAACCGGCCCCAUCAGUGCCCGAACUGUAUGGAACAGUUUCAGCAUGCACCGUCACUGGCUAGGCACAUCCGCAAUAGGACCUGCUUUACCUUCACCAAGUAUCGGUGCCGGGUUUGUACGGAGAGCUUCCUGGAACAGGGCGACUGGGCGGAGCACAUCAAGAUCCAUGCGGACGAUUUUCCCUACCAAUGCCACGUGAACACCGUACAUUUGCUGCAGUACUAG